AUGGCGACCCUCGUCCAAGCACCGGCGACCGUGCCGAACGGCUCGUCUCAUCCCUUCACCUGCAACACCUGCCAAGUCGCCUUUCGCGCAUCCGAUUUGCAGAGAACACACAUGCAAUCAGACUGGCAUAGAUAUAAUCUCAAGCGUCGCGUCGCCUCUCUCCCCCCUCUAGCCUCCGAGAUCUUCGCCGAGAAAGUGCUUGCGAACAAAGCCUCUGCCGCCGCCACAGCUGCCCGCGCCAGCUUCGAAAAGCGAUGUGAAGCUUGUGAGAAGACAUACUUUUCUCAAAAUGCCUACGUCAAUCAUUUGGGAAGUCAAAAGCAUCGCCUGCUCACAGCGAGACUGGACGCCAAGGCGGGCAAUGAGACAGAGAGUCUGGUCGAUUCUACUUUCUCUCUUGGCGACCCGAUGGAGAACGCGAGCACAACUACGGAGAGCACAAUGCAAGGAGAUUCCGUAGACCCGACGGCCGAAGCAGAGUUUGAAGAUGUGGUGGACGGGAUCAAAGAUGUUGGCCUGGACGAUGUACAAGAUCCGUUGUCCGCUCGACCGGGCAGACCGACGCCCUCAGCCGCCGUUCAUCAUAAGGACCAUCCUCUAGUGGCCGCCGCGGAUUCGAAUGAUGACGAAGAAGAGCACCACGCCAACGUCGACCAGUGUCUCUUCUGCAACUACAUCUCCCCAAACAUCGACCUCAACCUUGUUCACAUGUCUCGACAACACGGUCUGUUCAUCCCCGAACGGGAAUUCCUCGUCGACCUCCCUGGCCUCAUCAACUACCUCUCCGAGACUGUCCUUGUACUGCACGAAUGUCUGUACUGUCACAAAUUGUUCCACACCGGCUCUGGCGUCCAAACGCACAUGCGAGAUCGAGGGCAUUGCAUGAUUGCCUACUCCACCGAAGACGAGCAAAUGGAAAUUGGCGACUUCUACGACUUCCGCUCAACCUACUCAGACGACGAGGAAGAGGAGGAUACAGACGAGGAGACGAGCGGCGGUGUGAGCCUAGGGGUCAAACGAGAUGUGAAGACUACUAUGACAAACGAACAAGGAGAAGACGUGGACAUGCCCGACGAAGACGACGAAGGGUGGGAAAGCGAUAGCACCGUCUCCUCCGUUCCAACCGACGAAAUCACAUCCGUCCCCUCCAUUCCAGAGCGAAGACCGAAGCCCAAGACCCACAAGAGCGGCGGCUUACAAUCUCCAUCAACACCGCUGGCUGUCUACCACGACGAGUACGAACUCCAUCUCCCAUCUGGAAGGACAGCAGGGCAUCGCAGCCUCCGACCCUACUUCCGACAAAAUCUCCGCAACUACCCCACUCCCGAGGAACGCGCAGAACGUCAACGCACCAUCGAAGAUGCUCGACACGAUUCCGACGCCGACGACGAGGAAGACGACCAGCAAACCGAAGGCUCCGGCCGCGGCAGGCAAAUUGUUUCUCGCGCUAAUGGCGGCCUCGGCAUGGUGGGCGUCAGCGACGCGAAGAAGAAGGAGGUGCGCACUGCGGAGAAGCGGGCUUUGAAGAGGGCGGAGCGGGCAGAUAAUCGCCGCCGGGCGGGCAAUGAGAAGCGGGCGAACUUUCAGAAGCAUUUCAGGGAUGAGAUGUUGCAGUGA